AUGAAAGGAGACAAUGUGUUUUCUCCAGAUUGGGUUGAAGUCUCAGCCUUGUUCUCGUGUUGGUUGCUUCAUGUUCUAACCUGUUUGUGUCUGUCUGUUCCUCUCCCUCCUGAUGUAGCUGGUGCUGGGAGCACGUCCAUUGAGUCCAGGAACCUCAUUCAGUUCAGUAAUAUGAUUAAAUGUGCCAUGCCAGGUGUCAGCCCACUACUGCAGAUCAACAACUACGGCUGUUACUGUGGACGUGGUGGAUCUGGGACACCAGUGGAUGAGUUUGACCGUUGCUGCCAGACACACGACAACUGUUAUGGUGAUGCUACCACAAAAGAGAAGUGUACAUAUAUCUAUUCACCUAAAAUAAUAUAUUACAGCUACACCUGCUCAAACGGGAAAAUCGAAUGUACAAGUAAUAGUCACUGCAGGAAGUUUAUCUGUGAAUGUGAUCGACAGGCGGCCAUCUGCUUCUCGAAAGCAAAAUACAACCUAAAGAAUAAAGGCAUCAGUCAAUCUCGCUGCAAAUAG